ACGUCAUUAACAAAUUCUUCGCACGAUGGCGCACGUACUUGCGCCGGUUACGCUUACGCUUGUGGCGAUAGUAGUCGUUGAUUGAUGCCUAUAAUCUGUAAUCGUAAAUACCUUGAAGUCCGUACUAGUCAGACAUCGCGUUGAAGACUGCCAGUCAGGACUAACUGAAACCAAUCGACCGGGAGGUCUACGAACCCCAAGCAACACUCCACAUGGCAACUGCCCUGCGAUAAACUUGUGGACCUUGUUCAUCCCCGCUCGAAUCACUCGGGCCAAGGCCUUCGUUCUCGCGCCGCGACGUUGAAUGCGCGGUGAUACGCCGCCCAGAAUGGACGACCUCAACGACCACAGUGGCACCGACGACGACGACGUGCCGGGCGAACUGGAUGACGACAUCGAGAUCAUCGAGUACUACGAAGGCAGCGGCGACAGCGACAGCGACGAGGCCGACCACGACGUCGAAGGUGAGGCCCCUUUCCCGGAGCCCAGUCGAAAUGACGCCGCCACCACGUUCCGGGAGCACACGGGCUCGGUCUUUGCCUGCGCCGUCUCGCCCGACGGCAAGCACGUGGUCUCUGGCGGCGAAGACGACCGAGGCUACGUCUGGAACCUCCAGACCGGCGAAACACUGUUCCAGUGCACGGGCCACAAGGAUUCGGUCACGUGCGUGGGCUUCAAUUACGACUCCACGUUGGUGGCGACGGCCGACAUGAGCGGCCUCAUACGCGUCUGGAGCGUGCCCGCCAAGGAGCUCGUCUGGGAGUUCGAGACCUCGGACCUCAACUGGCUCGAGUGGCACCAGGCCGCUAACGUGCUGCUCGUGGGCACGGCCGACGGCAGUGCCUGGCUGUGGAAGGUCCCCAGCGGCGACUGCAAGACCCUGCAGAGUUUCGGGCCGUCCAGCUCGGCGGGCAAGAUGCUGCCCGACGGCAAGCGAGCUGUCACGGCGUACGAGGACGGGUCCGUGCGUUUGUGGGACCUCAAGGGAGGCGCCGUCACGCACGCCGUCACCGGCGCCAACGCCCAUAGCGCGGCCGUCACUUGUCUCGACUGCUCGGACGACUUGGUUGUCUCGGGAUCGAUGGACGGAGGAGUGAAGCUUAUCAACGCCGGCAGCGGUAAGGUGCUCGCGAGCCUGCGCUGCGACAGCGAUGCUUCGGGCGACGGCACCAACUCUGUGGAAACGGUGGGACUGGACCCCACUGUUAAGACGCUAGCCGUCGGGAUGCUGGGAGGGGACCUGGGCCUCUGGGACGUCGGCACCCUAGUACAGAAGCAGGGAUGCCCGCAUCCCGCCGGUGUGGUCAAGUUGCUGUGGAAGGGACCGCACUGCCUGGUCACCGCUUGCCUAGACAGCGUGGUCCGUGCCUGGGACACUCGGUCGGGGCAGGCCAUCAACUCCUGGGAAGGACACCGUGCGGAGAUACUGGACGUUGCUCUGGCACCCGACGGUCAGAGCGUGGUCACGGCCUCGGAAGACGGGACCUGCGCAGUCUACAGGUUCUCUCAGGACUAGUGGGACCCUCACUUCUUGCACACACGUGUAUAGCAAUGCUUAUCUCCAAGAUUCUGCCAAGCUCCUCUUAGGUUGCAGUGGGCAAAGUUGUCUUUUGCCAUUGGCUGAAGGGUUGUUCUUAGUUGUCGCGUUCAGAUUUUUUAAGCUUAACAAAUUGGGGAAUAAACUCGCUCGCUUCCA